AUGCUGUACCUCUCGGUAGGGCAAGGCCUUGCUUUGCUCAGUCUGACCCGGCUGGCGCGCAGUCUCGAUGUCCCGGUCAGCUUCUACUCCAGCGUCGACUGCAAGACGGCCAGCGCAAUCACGCCCAGCGCCGCGUUGAACCUCAGCACCUGCAUCGUAACGCCGGGCCUGGUUUCUCUGCGCCAUGGCAGCGUGCCGUGCGCGGGCGGCGGCACCGUUGUCCCGUAUCUCUUCGACGACGCGGCGUGUGCGACCCGGCAGGGCGUUCUGGACUUUUACAAGACGGGCAGUGACUUUCUCUGCCUUUCUGACUUUGCUUCCAAGUCCAUAGCGGCCAUUAUGCUUAGCUGCAACAGAAAGCGGCCCGAGCGGCCGCAGGCGACGAGCACCGUCUCGGUCGCGCCAGUUGCCACAGGGGCCGCCGCCGCCGCUUCCUCAGCAACGGCUCGUCCCUCGUCUGGUUCGAGCGCAGGCUCCGGCAGUGAGCCAGACAUCGCAGCGGGGUGGAGGAGCCUCAGCCUAGGGGCGCGGAUAGGCAUCAUUGCCGGUGCGGCCGUGGUCGCGCUCUCGCUCUUGGCUUGCGCUCUCUGCUGCUGCUGCUGCAGGAAGCCGCCCUCUCCCCGCGACCCUCAACAACCGUAUCACAACAACGAGGUGCCGUACGGAUACGACCCGGCCUGGAAAGCGCCUAAAGUUGCGACUCGAGACGUCUCUCGCGCCGACCAGCAGCACCCGGCGGCUGGUAUCGCGUCACCGACGCAGCCAUGGGAGCUUCCGGGCGUUUCCCAGGCUGACGCAUACGCAAGAGUCGUCGAGAACGUCACCACAGCGGCACGGCAGCACGCACGGUCUGGCGCCUUCGACAACAGCGGCAUGACCACUGGCGGGAUAUGCCGCAACGGCGACGAUGCUCUGCCGCCUGACAUUACAUCUGCGGCGUUUGCGAAGCAUGACAAGGAGUGGAAACACCGCCUUGGCGCUGCUGGAGAGCUCUACGUGUUUGAAUACCUGCAAAGCCUGGGCCUGCCGAAUUUCGGCCCUCGGAAUUGGACGAGUUCGCUCAGGAUGACGAGCCCCUCGAAUCCAGAUCUGGACGGCGCGGGCCCGGCGCACGACGGAAUCGCAGACAUCGAGUACCCUGACGAAACGGGAGCCUUUACCGAGUUCCUCGUCGCGAGGGGGUACUCGAGGCACGGGAUCCAGAGCGGCAUGCGGCCGACGUACUACUUUGAGGUGAAGGCGACGACGGGUCCCAACCGCCAGGCGCCAUUCUACAUGAGCGAUAACCAGGAAGCGCAUAUCCGAGACGCUCUGAUAAGCCCCGGCCAGACAAGGCGGGUGUACAUUAUCUGCAGAAUCACCAACCUCGGAGGCGGCAGCGGGACUCGGCUCGCCGUUUUUCUCGACCCGGAGGCGAUGCGAAGACGGGGCGAGUUGAUCUUCUCGGCUUCCGACACGGAGGAUGGGUCGUGGACAGUCCGUCCGGCGUAG